GUUAGUCUAGAUCUCCUACUUAACCGUUCUUUGUGUCGUUACUCAAACCUUUCUCCCACGAACAUUCGUGAACAGAGGCGUUGGGUGACGUCACAGGAGAGUAAAGUGGGACAACAAUGUUGGGAGUCGUUGCGUCCGUGUUAGCAGUGGUGUGCAAACGGAUGCAACAACUCCCUACAACACGAAAUAACAUGUAACAACAUGCAACAGUGUGCAAACGUACGCAACAUACAUAGUGUAACUUCCAACAAUUUCGGGAGUUGUUGGCCAACAAAGUCGCGUCCGUUUGCACGGGGCUUAAGUUUUUAUACGGUAAGAUUUCAUUUAAGGUGCCUUUUUCAGCACUCAACGUGGAUCAAUUCCACUACUCAUUAGUCGCUGAUGCAGCGAUAACGCUUUCAAGGCGAGGUGGCCGAGCGGUUAACUCCCCUAACUUCGGAUUUCAUACUCAUUAGGAAGACACGAAGAGAGAACCUGGGAAAAACUCUCUCCUCUGCGGGGGCUUCGGCAGGGUAUCCCAAUAAGAGAGAGUGGGAAAAAGAUUGUCGCUGUACUACUUGAAAUAUGAACAUUUUGACGUUAUUUCUAUGAAAGUGCAAACAAUGGAAAUCGUUGUCACUUUGUUAAAUAUUUGUUACCGUAAUAACUAUUUAAUUGGGAUUCGCUCGGGAGAUGAAAUAAAUUGCCUAAACCUUUUUGUUGUAGAAAAAUUUGUCAAUAGCAGAGCUGAUGGAUUGGCAGCAUUUUCCAUGUCCUAGCGUCCCUGCUUCAGGCUUUGAGGUAAAUACUGUGUACGUCGUAGUAGAGUAGUAGUCUUCCCCCUCUCUCGCGUCUCCUUACGCGUGCCGCUCGCGCGUGACUUCUCGCGAUAUUACACAAAUGGGGAUCUUGCUUGCAGGCUUCGUCCGAAUAGUCCCAAAAAAUUUUUAGACGAUCCAGGCGACUCCGUGUAUUCCACCUAAUCCCCUGAAGUGGUUAAAGCGCACAUUCAUUGCCUAUUACCUGUCAGAGGUGUAGCGGCAUAUCAUCUCUCGAUCGCGGUCGAUCAAACCAGACUAUAUACGGACUUCAGUUCCAUACAAGUGAUUAAUAUUGUCCCUAUCACUUUUCAUCGUAUCAAAGGUGUUUCUAUAUGAACCCUUAACCACAUUUUGAGACGACUCAGAGAACAGAGACGAUGCUAAUUACUAGGAAACUAUUUGAACCUCUUCAAGAGUUUUUUAUUUAUUUAUUUGAAAGGCUAAGUAUGGUUAUCAGCUUUAGAGGCACCUCCAAAUCGGUUUGAAUUAGUAUUCUCAAUUGCGCUUCGAUGUUUGCAUAUCUGCCAGAAUAUUCCUGCUCGUUGUUUUGACAGUUGCCUCUUUUUUAAGACGACCCCUUUCCCGAAAUGCAGAGUUGAUACAUCUCUUCUGUAGUUUUUGAGAGAGGAGAGGGACAAGAUAUGAUAGAGGGGGUAGGGAAAUGUACCGAAACUUAGGGCCAGCGUUAUACCUCUAUAAAAUCCUAGUUUAUCCCCAAACCAAGGAAUAACCCCAGUAAAUGUUUUCGCAGGACGAGGCCGUGAAAGCAGCAGGCAACACAGUCUCAUUUGUAUUCAGAACAAAGAUGUUUGGACAAGACACCGCGCAGGAAAGAUUGUGA